AUGGAUACACCCACUUCAAAAAAAGCGAAAAAAUCGGGUGAUCCUCUAUUGAGAAAAUACAUCGAAGAUGGUGAGAAAAGAGCUAAGAGUCGGGAAGAAUUACGUCAAAAACUAAUAGCUCAAUCUCAGCAAGAAGCAGUGUUACAAAAUGAUGCUCUACAUCUUUUUUUUAUGUCAAUGUACAAUGUAACAAAAAAUCUUCCUACCAAAUUUCAAAGGCAAGUCAGAAGAAAAGUUUUUGAUGUCGUCUCACAAGCAGAAGAUGAUGCUGAGCAAGAGAUAGAGAAUCAGAGAAUUCAUUCAUCAACCUCCAGUACUAGUGGACUAUCUGUGGUGACACAACAAUACCCUGAAUUCUUUACUCUACAUCAGAAUCCAUCAUUGAUUCGUCCUGUAGAAGCAAAUGAAGAGGAUCUAGAAACAAACAUUGGGGAAGAAGAAGAUAAUUUACCAAGAGCAUUCCUUACUUUGUAA